GGAAAUGGAGGCGGGAGCAACUGAAGGAGGACAGUUUGUUCGAUGUGAUUGAGCAGAAGGAGGAAAACUGAAGGCUGAAGCCAGCCUGAUGGAAGUCCAGAAGAUGGAAGAAGAGGACGACACAUGUCUGUCUAAGAGCAACAAGUCUAAAGAUAUAAAUCCAGAAAAAACUGGGCAAUCAGACACAAAAGGCCAGUACCACAGACAGAGAGCAGAGUCUCCAGUAUCCAGUGGUUAUGAAUCUAUGAAGAGUGAUAGGUAUAAAGAUCAUAUUCCUCCAGACUUCAGUGAAGAACCUGGACCCUCAGACACAAAAGAGAAGAAGAGGAGUCAUGUUUCUGUAGAGGAGCUCCUGAAGGAUCCAGUCUCUACCAGCUGUGGACACUGGUUCUGUAGACAGUGCAUCACCUCAUACUGGGACCAAUCAUCUUCAUCAGGACACUCCUCCUGUCCCCAGUGUGGCAAAAGAUCCAGAACAUCUGAUAUUGACCUCCAGGAGGUUUUAGAUGAACAUAAAAUCAGUCUGAGGAGGAGAUGUGAACAUGUGACUGAAGGAACUGAUGUAACAGGAAGAGGAACCCUCCUCAACAGGAUCUACACUGAGCUCUACAUCACAGAGGGACAGAGUGAAGAGGUUAAUACCCAACAUGAGGUGAAGCAGCUUGAGAUAGCUUCCAAAAUGAAGGCCCUCCAUGACACUCCAAUUAAGAGCCAUGACAUCUUUAAAGCCUUACCUGACCAACAGAGAAACAUCAGAGUGGUUCUGACUUACGGCGUCGCUGGUGUUGGAAAAACCUUCUCAGUGCAGAAGUUCACUCUGGACUGGGCAGAGGGUUUGGAAAACCAAGAUAUCAGUGUGGUGAUUGUGCUUUCGUUCAGGGAGCUGAACUUGAUCAAAGAUGAGCAGAACAGUCUUCUCAGGCUGCUCCAUGUUUUCCAUCCAACAUUACAGAAGGUCACAGCAGAGCAGCUGACUGUCUGUAAACUUUUGUUCAUCUUUGACGGCCUGGAUGAAAGCAGACUUCCACUGGACUUCAACAACAGUGAGGUUGUGUCUGAUGUCACACAGAAGGCAUCAGCCAACGUGCUGCUGACAAACCUCAUCAAGGGGAACCUGCUUCCCUCGGCUCUGGUCUGGAUCACUUCCAGACCUGCAGCAUCCAAUCAGAUCCCUCUUACAUGUGUUGACAGGGUAACAGAAGUACGAGGCUUCACUGACGCCCAGAAGGAGGAGUACUUCAGGAGGAGGUUCAGUGAUGAAGAGCUGUCCAACAGAAUCAUCUCCCACAUCAAGACCUCCAGGAGCCUCCACAUCCUGUGUGCAGUCCCAGUCUUCUGCUGGAUCACUGCUGCAGUUCUGGAGCACAUAUUGACUACAGAGCAGAGAGGAGAGCUGCCCAAGACCCUGACUAAUAUGUACUCACACUUUGUGAUGGUUCAGACAAAGAGGAAGAAGAACAAGUACCAUGAGGGACAUGAGACGAGUCCACAGGAGCUGAUGGAGGCUGACAGGGAAGUUCUUCUGAAGCUGGGGAGGCUGGCGUUUGAAGAGCUGGAGAAAGGAAACAUCAUGUUCUACCAAGAAGACCUGGAGCGCUGUGGUAUGGAUGUGACAGAGGCCUCAGUGUACUCAGGAGUUUGUACAGAGAUCUUCAAAAGAGAGAGUGUGAUCUUCCAGAAAUCAGUCUACUGCUUUGUUCAUCUGAGCAUUCAGGAGUUUCUGGCUGCAGUCUACAUGUUCCACUGCUACACCAACAGGAAGAAAGAGAAAGAGGUGCUGGACAACUUCCUGGGGAUAAAAUACCAAAUGAAAAAAUGUGCGUCUACCUGGAAUGACCUGUCUCUGGAUGACUUCCUAUUUGGAGCCAUGAAGAAAUCCCUGCAGAGUAAAAAUGGUCACCUGGACCUGUUUGUUCGCUUCCUCCAUGGCCUCUCUCUGGAGUCCAACCAGAGAUUCUUAGGAGGUCUGCUGGGUCAGACAGAGAACAGUCCACAAAUCAUCCAGAGAACCAUCAACAAGCUGAAGAAGAUGAACACUUUUAACAUCUCUCCUGACAGAAGCAUCAACAUCUUCCACUGUCUGAUGGAGAUGAACGACCUCUCAGUUCAUCAGGAGAUCCAAGAGUUCCUGAGGUCAGAGAACACAUCAGAGAAGAAACUCUCUGUGAUCCACUGCUCAGCUCUGGCCUACAUGCUGCAGAUGUCAGAGGAGGUUCUGGAUGAGUUGGACUUAAAGAAGUACAACACAUCAGAGGAGGGACGACGGAGACUGAUUCCAGCUGUGAGGAACUGCAGAAAGGCUCAAUUUACUGGAUGUCGGCUCUCAGAGGCUGAUUAUGAAGUUGUGGCCUCAGCUCUGAAGUCCAACCCUUCCUAUCUGACAGAGCUGGACCUGAGUGAAAAUGACCUGAAAUAUUUCAGAGUGAAGCUGCUGUUUGCUGGACUGGAGAGUCCAAACUGCAGACUGGAGACUCUGAGAUUGACUGAUUGCAGUUUAUCAAAUAUCAGCUGUGAUUCUCUGGUCUCAGCUCUGAAGUCCAACCCCUCCCAUCUGAAACAUCUGGACCUGAGUUACAACAUCCUGAAGGAUUCAGUAGUGAAGCAGCUGUGUGGUUUUCUGGAGAGUCCGCUCUGUAGACUGGAGACUCUGAGACUGAGUGGCUGCAGUUUAUCAAAGAUCAGUUGUAAUUCUCUGGUCUCAGCUCUGAAGUCCAACCCCUCCCAUCUCAAAUAUCUGGACCUGAGUGACAACACCCUGAAGGAUUCAGGAGUGAAGCAGCUGUGUGGUUUUCUGGAGAGUCCAGACUGUAGACUGGAGACUCUGAGAUUGAGUUUCUGCAGUUUGUCAGAGAUCAGCUGUGAUUCUCUGGUCUCAGCUCUGAAGUCCAACCCCUCCCAUCUGAAACAUCUGGACCUGAGUCACAACAUCCUGAAGGAUUCAGGAGUGAAGCAGCUGUAUGAUCUUAAGAAGAGUCUCUGUAGGCUGGAGACUCUGAGGGUGGACUCUUGUAGAGAGGACUCAGUCAAUCCACAGCUUCCUGUCAAUGAUGAGAGUGAUCUUACUGUUGACUCCAAUACUGUGAACAAACACCUCCUCAUGUCUGAGGAAAACAGGAACAUGAGCUUCUCCCAGGAGUCUGCUCGGUCAUGUUUCACACCUGAGGUGAUAACAGAAAGAGGAGGCCUUUCAUACAGGUUCAGGUUCCCGGGUUCAGGUGUGUUCCACUGUUCUUUGACUGGUCUGGUGUUUAAAGUGACUCAUGAGGGUGAGGUCUCCUACAAGACUUUGAUCUGGGAUGAUGCUCUUCUUCAACCGGCUGGUAAGCUGCCUGGAGGGCCACUGUUCAGCAUCACCUGUCCUCAGGACUCUAUCAGUCAGCUCCACCUCCCACACUGUGAACCUGAGCCUGCACUGGUCUCUGAAAGCCUCUCAGUCGUCCACAUCACAGACGAUGGCAUGAGCAUCAUUCAGCCAGUGGAGAUUUCUGAAACUCAUGUGAUCGUGGACAUCCCUCACCUCUCUGCCUUUGGCAUCGUGUGGGAUCUGGUCAAGCGGUUUAAGAAUUUCAUCACCAAACCAGUCAAAGGCCAAGUGCUGAUGUUCCUGCAACACGAACCUUGUCGCAUCAUCCAUGUGAUUCUGCUACCGAACAACGUGCCUCUGCAGGAGGUAAAAGCCCAACACACUGACUGUGAGUACAUCAAGGCUCCGUCCCUCGGCCUUUUCCACAAAGGGCAACAUUACAGCCUCCACAGUGACCCAGAGGUUUAUAAAAUCCAGCCUGCUCGUACAGAGUUUUUUGAAAACUACGGACCAAAUUUCCACCCAACAUUUGAGGUCAUCAUGAAAACAAACAGAGAUGAAGUGACGCUGAUGGUGCAUGAUCAAGGCGGGACACAGGUGUGGGAGUACUGGCUUUAUCUGCCUGAUCUGUCCUCACAAUCUUCUUCUGAAGGAAAUCCGCCUCUAGUGGAGAACAACUCGUCGCCGGAGGAAAAGCUGAAGAAUGCUCGGACCAAAUUCGUUGAACGAGCAUCUGACCCUUCUCUGAACAAGCUGCUGGAUGAACUGCUGCACUGUGGAGUCAUAACUGAUGCUGAGGGUGAAGCUGCUAGAUCCAAACCCAGAGAUGACAAAGCACGAGACCUGAUCGACACGGUGCGAAAGAAAGGAGCAGAAGCAAGUUCAAAGAUGAUCAACAUCUUCUCUGCCAAUGAUCCAUACUUGUGCAGAGAGCUCGGCUUCAACAUGUGUAACCACAUUGAGAAGGUUGUGGGUGGGGGAGCAGCCUUCAUGUACUCAAAGACCAGUCUUCAGAGACACUUCAGGAUUACUGGUGUAAGCUCCAUGGGCCUACCGAUGGAAGUCCAGAAAAUGGAGGAGGACGUCCGACUGUCUCAGAAGAGCAACAAGUCUGAAGAUAUAAAUCCAGGCUUCAGUGAAGAACCUGGACCCUCAGACAAACAAAGUCAGAGAGCAGAGUCUCCAGUAUCUAGCUGUCUGUCUAUGAAGAGUGACUGGUCUAAAGAACGUUCUCCAGACUUCAGUGAGCAACCUCGACCCUCAGACACAAAAGGUCAGUACCACAGACAGAGAGCAGAGUCUCCAGUAUCCAGCUGUGAGUCUAUGAAGAGUGAUUGGUCUAAAGAACGUUCUCCAGACUUCAGUGAAGAACCUGGACCCUCAGACUCAAAAGGGAGAAAGAGGAGUCCUGUUUCUGUGGAGGAGCCGCUGUCCUGCUGUGCUUUGUGUCAGCACGUCUUGAAGGAUCCAGUCUCUACCAGCUGUGGACACUGGUUCUGUAGACAGUGUAUCACCUCAUACUGGGACCAGUCGUCUUCAUCGGGAGACUCCUCCUGUCCCCAGUGUGGACAAAGAUCCAGAACAACUGAUGUUGGUCUGCAAGAGGUUUUAGAUGAACAUAAGAUCAGUCUGAGGAGGAGAUGUGAACAUGUGAUUGAAGGAACUGAUGUAACAGGAAGAGGAACCCUCCUCAACAGGAUCUACACUGAGCUCUACAUCACAGAGGGACAGAGUGAAGAGGUUAAUACCCAACAUGAGGUGAAGCAGCUUGAGACAGCUUCCAAGAUGAAGGCCCUCCAUGACACUCCAAUUAGGUGCCAGGACAUCUUUAAAGCCUUACCUGACCAACAGAGACACAUCAGAGUGGCUCUGACUAACGGUGUCGCUGGCGUUGGAAAAACCUUCUCAGUGCAGAAGUUCACUCUGGACUGGGCAGAGGGUUUGGAAAACCAAGAUGUCAAUGUGGUGAUUGUGCUUUCGUUCAGGGAGCUGAACCUGGUCAAAGAUGAGCAGUACAGUCUUCUCAGGCUGCUCCAUAUUUUCCAUCCAACAUUACAGAAGGUCACAGCAGAGCAGCUGGCUGUCUGUAAACCUUUGUUCAUCUUUGACGGCCUGGAUGAAAGCAGACUUUCACUGAAGUUCAAUAACAGUGAGGUUGUGUCUGAUGUCACACAGAAGGCAUCAGUCAAUGUGCUGCUGACAAACCUCAUCAAGGGGAACCUGCUUCCCUCAGCUCUGGUCUGGAUCACUUCCAGACCUGCAGCAGCCAGUCAGAUCCCUCCUACAAGUGUUGACAGGGUAACAGAAGUACGAGGCUUCACUGAUGCCCAGAAGGAGGAGUACUUCAGGAGGAGGUUCGGUAAUGAAGAGCUGUCCAACAGAAUCAUCUCCCACAUCAAGACAUCCAGGAGCCUCCACAUCCUGUGUGCAGUCCCAGUCUUCUGCUGGAUCACUGCUACAGUUCUGGAGCACAUGUUGACUACAGAGCAGAGAGGAGAGCUGCCCAAGACCCUGACUGACAUGUACUCACACUUUGUGAUGGUUCAGACAAAGAGGAAGAAGAACAAGUACCAUGAGGGACAUGAGACGAGUCCACAGGAGCUGAUGGAGGGUGACAGGGAAGUUCUUCUGAAGCUGGGGAGGCUGGCGUUUGAACAUCUGGAGGAAGGAAACAUCAUGUUCUACCAAGAAGACCUGGAGCGCUGUGGUCUGGGUGUAGCAGAGGCCUCAGUGUACUCAGGAGUUUGUACAGAGAUCUUCAAAAGAGAGAGUGUGAUCUUCCAGAAAUCAGUCUACUGCUUUGUUCAUCUGAGCGUUCAGGAGUUUCUGGCUGCAGUCUACAUGUUCCACUGUUACACCAACAGGAAGAAAGAGAAAGAGGUGCUGGACGAUUUCCUGGGGAUAAAAGACCAUCAGGAGGAUGAAGAAGAUGAUGAUGAUGAUGAUGAUGAAAAUGAGGAUGAUGAUGAUGAUAAUGAUGAUGAUUACAUGGGUAACCUAUCUCUGGAUGACUUCUUGUGUGGAGCCAUGGAAAAAUCCCUGGCGAGUAAAAAUGGUCACCUGGACCUGUUUGUUCGCUUCCUUCAUGGCCUCUCUCUGGAGUCCAACCAGAGAUUCUUAGGAGGUCUGCUGGGUCAGACAGAGAACAGUCCACAAAUCAUCCAGAGAACCAUCAACAAGCUGAAAAAGAUGAACACUUAUAAAAUCUCUCCUGACAGAAGCAUCAACAUCUUCCACUGUCUGAUGGAGAUGAACGACCUCUCAGUUCACCAGGAGAUCCAAGAGUUCCUGAAAUCAGAGAACAGAUCAGAGAAGGAACUCUCUGAGAUCCAGUGCUCAGCUCUGGCCUACAUGCUGCAGAUGUCAGAGGAGGUUCUGGAUGAGCUGGACCUGAAGAAGUACAACACAUCAUUGGAGGGGCGACGAAGACUUAUCCCAGCUGUGAGGAACUGCAGAAAGGCUCAACUUUCUGAAUGUGGACUCUCAGUGACUGAUUGUGAAGUUGUGGCCUCAGCUCUGAAGUCCAACACGUCCCAUCUGACAGAGCUGGACAUGAGUGAAAAUUACCUCCAGGAUUCAGGAGUGAAGCUGCUGUCUGCUGGACUGGAGAGUCCAAACUGUAAACUGGAGACUCUGAGAUUGAAGAGCUGCCAUUUAUCAGAGAGCAGCUAUUAUUCUCUGGUCUCAGCUCUGAAGUCCAACCCCUCCCAUCUCAAACAUCUGGACCUGAGUCUCAACAACCUGAAGGAUUCAGUAGCAAAGCAGCUGUGUGGUUUUCUGGAAAGUCCACUCUGUAUACUGGAGACUCUGAGGUUGAGUAACUGCAGUUUGUCAGAGAUCAGUUGUGAUUCUCUGGUCUCAGCUCUGAAGUCCAACCCCUCUCAUCUCAAACAUCUGGACCUGAGUCAUAACAAGCUGCACGAUUCAGGAGUGAAGCAGCUGUGUGGUUUUCUGGAGAGUCCACUUUGUAGACUGGAGACUCUGAGGUCAGUUCACUGUCUAAUACUAUUGUAGAUCUGAUAUGUUUAAUGACCAACAGAACCUCAUUCAUGAUCAUCCAGAACUUUCAUGCAUAAAACUGUAAAAUUCUUUGGGAUGAAGCUAGCUUGAAAGCUUGCAUAAUGGUUUAAACAAUCUGUAAAUCAUUCAGGUCUGUAAAUAUUAUUUUACAUGAUUUCCUUCUUCUUUUACAUUUUUCUUUAACAAAAGUUUUUUUUCCUGGUGUUUUUUGUUUGUUUGUUUGUUUGUUUCCAGGUUUUAAAAUAUGAUCUGAAAACUGCUGUGAAUGAGUAAAAAGAAGAAAAUGAGUUCUGCAACACAAAAUAACAUUUACAGACAGACAGACCGCGAUUUUAGUCAAGAUUGUGGUGGGGCCAUGCAGGAAAAUCUUAUAAUGCAAUCCAAAGAUACCACAAUGAAUACCCUCACAACAAAAACACAGUAGUGAGUGAUGAAGGUUAAGGUUUGGAUUAGACCAUAGUUCCUGAUAACAAACAGAUGACAACAAAAUUCCAGCUGACUAAUACAUUCAUUCAAUGUCAAUCUGCCCACAUCUAUUAUCAUAUCAAUAGUGCCGUCAAACGGUGUUCAAAACCUCACUAUAACAAUUAGUCAAGGUUAAAACAACAACAGGACAACAAUAAAAAACACAAUGCACAACUCAUGGUGUGAAUGGCGCUCACCCAAUACACAGCAAUCAAUAUAUAAAGUCACCACAGACAAUAUACCACAGCCAAACAGUCAUUUCAGCACCACAGACAGGUGAACAGCUCCACACAUGUAUCCCCAGUUAUGCAAAAUUCCACUAUAAUUGAAGCAAUACAUAAACUACUUUAUCAAUUUAAUUUCCAUAAAUUAGACUCACCAGUCUCUUUUUAUGAGCUCCCAUUUUGUGUUCAAACUACUCCUGGUUGAAUUACCUAGUUUUGUCUUUUACCUCUAGAAAUUAUUUGAUCCUCCGGUCGAUGUGGUGCCAAAGGCAAAGAUGGCAUUGUUUACAGACAUUUGAUGACUUUUAAUUCAUUCUGCAAGAUUUGAACAUUUGUUUUCCACCUUGUAUUGUUUAAUGUGAUUCCAAACUUUCAAACCACUUUUUGGCAAAUUAGGUCAUGAUAUUGAUCUCAUAAAUGUCAUUUUGUUCAGGUUGAGUGUUUGUAGCGGAAACUGUAGAAAAUGUCCACAGUUCAUUGUGAAAACCAAUGAAGCUGACACCGUAAUAUUAAGCUGCAAAUUUAUGGCAAAGGCUCAUUAUAUUAUUGUAGCAAUUUUCUAUAAAUGAAAAGUGCUAUGUAAAUAAAGUUUGAUUUAAAUUGAUGAUUGGUUAUUUAAAACCUAAACACAUCCGUCUUGUCAUGAUUAAUCUACAUCAUUUAUUCUUUAUUCAGAUUGAGUUUGUGCAGUUUGUCAGAGAUCAGCUGUGAGUCUCUGGUCUCAGCUCUGAAGUCCAACCCCUCCCAUCUGAAGCAUCUGGACCUGAGUCUCAACAACCUGAAGGAUU